AUGCAAACAGGAAGCCAGCCAGCAAUAUCAUCAAACUACGUACUAUCGAUCGAUAUGUCGCUUCAAUCAAACGCCGUGCCACCCGCAGCUUCGCCGGACGCCGGUGGGGAUCGCCGGAUACUGCAGUCAGCUGUGUUCGACGACACGAUCUGGGGGGAUCACUUCCUCGCCACCAGGAGGAGGAGUGAUCAUACUACUGCUUCUCAUGAUGGGGUAAUCGUAGCAAACCAAUCCCUGCAGGGACAUCCUACUCCAGAGCAUGAAAGUAGGGAAUAUGAAGUUUUGAAGGAAGAGGUGCAGAGGAUGGUAACCGUUGGAGUAGGUGAUAAUGAUGAGGCGGCAAUGUUCAAAAAGUUGCGGCUGAUUGAUGCAAUCCAGCGUUUAGGGGUUGGAUAUCACUUCAAGGAGGAGAUCGAAAAAGCUAUUGAAAAUGUGCAUGUUCUUGGUGGAGAAUCGUUCAUUGACACUUAUAAGCAUAUUGAUCUCCAUCAUGCCGCUCUUUGGUUCCGACUGCUUAGACAGCAAGGCUUUGGUGUUUCCUCUGAUGUGUUUAGAAAGUUCAAGGAUCAUGAGGGGAAGUUCAAAGAAUCGUUGGCAUUCGACGGGCAAGGACUGUUGAGUUUGUAUGAGGCAGCACAUGUGGCAAUUCAUGGUGAAGACAUAUUGGACGAAGCUUUGAGCUUCACAACAAAAAAUCUGAAGUUAAUUGUGCAAGAUCACAGGACCUCUUCGUCAUUCAAGAAGCAAGUUGAAUUCUCCCUUGCACUCCCCAUGUGGAAAUGUGUCCCUAGGACACUUGCUAGGCAUUGCAUCGAUGUUUACUCCGAACUAGAUGAUCAGCAAGCUUCUCAUGAUGAAACAGUAACCCUGAAGUUCGCAAAGUUGGACUUCAACAUGGUGCAGAGAGUCCAUCAAGAGGAGCUCCACGAACUCACAAUGUCGACCAGAUUCCCAUAUGCAAGAGACAGACUUGCAGAGUGCUAUUUCUGGAUCAACACUGUUUACCCCGAGCCCAAGCACCGUGUGGGAAGGAUCAUACUCACCAAGUGUGGAGCCGUGUUGACCCUCUUGGAUGAUUUCUAUGAUAACUUUGGUGAUUACAAGCAACUUAAGAUCCUCACAGAAGCCAUUCAGAGGAUGGAUAUUUCUGCUCUGGAAGAACUCCCCGACAUUAUGAAGGAGGCCUACCGGGUGGUCAUCGUUAACCUGUUCGAAGAAAUGGAGCAGGCAAUUAUAUCAGGAACUGGACCCACUUAUGGUAUUGACUACUGUAAGCAAGAGUUCAAGAAUUGGUGCGGGUCCUUAUUGGCUGAGGCCCGGUGGCGCAGUGAUUGCCAUGUGCCGAGUCUGGAGGAGUACCUGAAGCAUGCAAACAUAACCAGCUCUUACUUCUUCGUCUGCGCAUCGGCCUACUUGGGGAUCGGACCAGAGCUAGCCACCAGAGAGGCCUUUGAGUGGGUGACCAGUAAAACGAACAAGAUGGUGAUGGCAUCCGCUUCCAUUUGCAGGGUCCAAAACGACAUCAUGUCUUACCCGUUGGAGCAAGAGAGGUUGCACGUGGCGUCGGCGGUUCAGUGCUACGUGAAGGAGCACGGCGUGUCCGACGAGGAGGCGAUACAGGUAUUGCUGGGCCGGAUUUCAGAUGCUUGGAAAGACAUGACUGAGGUUAUGUGCUGCCACAAACCAACCCCGUUCCCGACGCCUUUGUUGUCUCCGGUCAUCAACUUCGCCAGAUCGAUCAGUGUGAUUUAUCUCAAGGCCGAUGCCUUCACCUAUCCCCAGCUUUUGAAGGAACGCAUUGCCGCCCUCUUCGUCCACCCUGUGCCGCUCUGA